CUCUUUCUUUCCAUGAACUUUUCUUUUUUUAUUUAUUUUAUUUUUAAUUAAAAGUUUGAUAAUAAUAAUAAUAAUAAAUAUUAUUAUUAUUGUUCAUAUCAGUUUUAUUUAACUGUUGUUGUUGUUGGUGGGGUGAACCGGUGAAGGGUGAUCGUAGUUUAAGUGAGUGAGGGAAAUGGAAUGUGAAGAGUGAGUGACAGGGCGGUGAUGAUAGUAUUAUUAUGCGUGUAUGGAAUUCGAUGCCGCGAUUCCCGUGUCCCGAGAGCACCUUCCUCAAGAUGCAAUGUGGCAAAUUAACUUGAGGUCAAGUGAAACAAUGGAAUCUGGACCUUAUCCCGAGCAUCCAGGAGAACCAGAUUGUUCAUAUUACAUCAGGACCGGCCUUUGUAGGUUUGGAGCAACAUGUCGAUUUAAUCAUCCUCCUAACAGAAAACUGGCUAUUGCUGCUGCACGGAUGAAAGGUGAAUUCCCAGAAAGGAUAGGACAGCCAGAAUGCCAGUACUAUUUGAAGACAGGAACUUGCAAAUUUGGAGCCACAUGCAGGUUUCAUCAUCCUAGAGACAAGGCUGGGAUUGCUGGAAGAGUUGCCUUGAACAUAUUAGGCUAUCCACUCCGCCCAAAUGAGCCCGACUGUGCUUAUUAUUUAAGAACUGGACAAUGUAAAUUUGGGAACACUUGCAAAUUUCACCAUCCCCAACCAAACAAUAUGGUGCUUUCCAUGAGAAGUUCUCCUGUUUAUCCUGGUGUCCAAUCUCCAACUACACCAGGUCAGCAGUCUUAUGCAACAGGAAUUACAAAUUGGCCCAGUUCAUCGUAUAUUCCUAGCCCACGUUGGCAAAGUCCUUCAAGUUAUGCUCCUUUAAUUCUACCUCAGGGAAUGGUUUCAGUGCCUAGCUGGAGUGCAUACAGUGGUCAAAUGGGAUCAGAUAGUUCACAACAAACAAUGGGAAAUGGCCAAAGCUAUGGAACCAAUCGGCAAAGUGAACCAACAAAUGCAGGAUCCCAGGGAGCAUAUUCUCAAUUUCGUUCUGGCUCUGUUCCUGUAGGUUUCUAUGCGUUGCAGAGGGAGAACAUAUUUCCUGAGAGACCCGAUCAACCAGAAUGUCAAUUCUACAUGAAGACUGGAGAUUGCAAGUUUGGUGCAGUCUGUCGUUUCCAUCAUCCACGUGAAAGGAUGAUUCCUGCUCCUGACUGUGUUUUGAGUCCUAUUGGCCUUCCUUUACGUCCUGGAGAGCCUCUUUGUGUCUUCUAUUCACGGUAUGGCAUAUGCAAAUUUGGUCCAAGUUGCAAAUUUGAUCACCCAAUGGGAGUCUUUACCUAUAACAUAUCUGCAUCACCUUCAGCUGAUGCCCCAGGGCGGCGAAUGUUAGGUUCUUCAUCAGGAACUUCUGCAUUAAAUUUAUCAUCAGAAGUACUUGUUGAGUCAGGCUCAGCAAAUCCAAGGAGGCUUUCAUUAUCAGAGACUAGACAGAUUCCUUCUGGUGAUGAUAACAUUGAUGAAGAGGGAUAAUGAUGUCUCUUGGAAAUGGGUUACUUGCUUUUUACAAUUUUUUUCAGGGGAGAAAAGGGUAAUCUGUAAAUUGAUUUUCCCAUUGCUGAAGAUGUACAGACUACAGAGUUCAUGUGAAGCUGAUUCUAUCAACGUGCUAUUUAAUGCAGUUGACAGAUUCAGUUGUUCUGAAUUUCAUGCUGUCACAUUGUAUAAAUUUUACAAAUAUUUGUCACAUUUGGUGGAAACCAAAUGUGAACAUUUCUUCAGUCCUUAAGUCAGUCUAUCUAUUUAAUGUUUUCCCAAUAUGUAAAAAUUGUUUUUCUGAAAAUCUGUAAUGAUCAAUAUUUGGCUCCUGUGUCAAUCUUUCUUUGGUGCAGGUUUGAAAUUCAGUGCAAAGACUAUUCUAUAUGCGGUCUACUGUGCAUAAUAGAAAUCUUUUUCAACAGCAAACCAACAGUAUGAUCAAUAUCCUUUUAUUUUUUCACAUUUUUUGUGUAUUUCUAGUGUGCAUACAGAUUUUUUUUCACACUCUUAUCAGAAUAGAAGAGCAUCCUAAUGAAGUCUUAAUUGUUGUAUGUGUGCAUAUUUUCUUCCGUCAAAAUAAAUGCAACUGUUCUAAAAUGUUAUCUGUACCUCUACUUUCCCAUGAUAUAUUUAUUCUUUUUGCAAUGAUUGAUUGUCCUAGAUAGAAUUCGUUUUGCAGAAGUUGAAGGGAAAGAGUCUAAACUGUGAACUUUGUGGGUGGCAGAAGCCCGCUAAUUUAUGCUGUUUUGCAGAUGCCAAACCUCAGCUCGAAUGUGACUUCUGUUCAGGCCACAAAUUACUUAACUUAAUGUUUCAAUUAAUUUUGGUGGGUGGAUGGUCCUUCUGGCUUGGAGUCCGAUUAUCAGUUCACAUGCAAUGCAAUAACUAAAUCAUGGUCGGGAGUUUAAAUCUUCUCUUGAGGCUUUAUUAGAAGCAUCAUAUCAGUGGCUGAAUAUACAUGUAUUUGAUGUGUAGCUCGCUGAUUCUAGUAUGUGUUAUCAAUAUGCUUACACAGGUACUACGUCCAUUCUUUCUCCUUUUAUUUACUGAAAAAACGAAACGGUGUGUAAUGAUCAUUGUUACGAUAUGCACU